CCUGCAAAUAAAAAAAAUGAAACAGCGCAGGGUCCAAUGAGAGAAUAAAAAAGAAACUUCCCAACGGUUACAAUUUCACCACAUUAUCUGGAAAAAAAAAACAUAUAACGGAACAUGUUUCUGUUACAAAGAUCCAACAAUGGAUGAACUCAUCCUAUGAAGAUUCAGUGCUUGCUCAUUUGUCUGUCUGUGUCUAAACCAUGGACUUCAACACACGUCUUGAUUACGCUUUGUUCCAACUCACUCCAACUAGAACCAGAUGUGAUCUGGUGAUUUUUGCUGGAAAAGAGAAUGAGAAAUUGGCGUCUGGAUUGUUAGAUCCCUUCAUUUCACAUCUCAAAGCUGCUAAAGAUCAGAUAUCAAAAGGUGGCUACUCUAUAACUCUUCGUCCAGUUGGUUCAACUCCUUCCUGGUUCACUAAAGGCACUCUCCAAAGGUUCGUGAGGUUUGUUAGCACACCAGAAGUUCUUGAGAGAUUCGUGACAGUUGAUAGAGAGAUUGAACAGAUUGAAAAUUCAAUUCAAUCAAGUGAAGCAUCGCAUGCUGCUGUGGCGACAGAGACAGAUGUUAUUUCAGGGAAUUUCCAGAAAACAUUUUCUUCAUCUAAGUCAAAUGGUGAAUUCAAUGGAACUGGAGAUUCUGUUCAAGAAGAAAAUUCAAAGGUUCGACUUCAACGAGUUCUGGAAACUCGGAAAAAAGUACUUUCUAAAGAACAAGCAAUGGCUUAUGCUCGAGCCUUGGUUGCCGGUUAUGAACCCGAUAAUAUCGAUGAUCUCAUAUCUUUUGCCGAUGCUUUCGGUGCUUCACGAUUAAGGGAAGCCUGCAUAAAUUUCAUGGACUUGUGCAAGAGAAAGAAUGAAGAUAGGCUUUGGAUGGCUGAAUUAGCAGCAAUGCAAGCAAGUCCUAGACCAGACUUGUCCUACCUAGGAACAUCCGGGAUUGUACUUGCUGGAGAAGGAAAUGAUCCGAAUCAAAAUUCAAUGAUGAAUUUCUCUAGGGCAAAGCAGAAUGGUUCAACCGAUGCAUCUGAUGCGGGGAGUGUGGAUAUGAACCCAGGUAAGGAGAGAUAUCCAAAUUUCUUCGGCCUUGAAUGAUGGUUGAUGUUCUGAAAUCACUUAACAUGUUCUACAGAUGGAAGAGCUCAAGUACAAAUGCAAUGGCCAUCCCAUGUUCCUCAGUUCAUGCACAAUUUUCAGGGUCCUGGAUUUCAACAAUUGCCUCCAUAUCAAGGUUACCUUUUUCCCGGUAUGCAUGCUCCGCCUCCGUUUUAUCCUGGGAACAUGAAUUGGCCUCCGCAUGUAGACGAUUCAAGUCUUGCUCGUGGUUGGGAACUGGACGAUCGUAGAAGUCAUAAAAAAUCUUCCAGGAGCAAGAAGAAGUCUUCGCGUGGUAAGGCGGAUGAAACUUCGAAGGAAGAUGAAUCGAGUGAGCCCAGUGAUUCAAGCUCUGAAGGUGAACCAGGACAGCAGGUUCGAACGAAAAAGCACCGAAAGAAAGCCUCAAGAAACGUAGUCAUCCGUAAUAUUAAUUACAUUUCUUCCGAGAGGAAUGGGGAAAAGGAUGGUGAUUCUGAAGAGGCUUCUGAUGAGGAUGAGUUCAUUAAUGGAGAUUCACUCAAGCAGCAAAUAGAGGAGGCUGUUGGAUCAUUGAACAAGCAACAUAAAUCGACCUCGCGACAUCAUAAGAAGCACGACGAAAGCAAGCAUAGAGAUACCGUUUCAUACGAUGAUGAUGAACACGAAACCAAGGUCGCCACUGCAAACAAUCCCUGGGAUGCUUUCCAAAACCUUCUCUUGCAGGAGAAGGAUUUGGAUUCUUCAGACCCUGCAAGGUUGCAAGAUGACCAUUUUGAAAACAAGGGUUCUGACAAUGGAAUCGGGAGGUCAUCCGCAUUUAAUUCGAACUCCGAGUCAGUAAGCAAUCAGCCUGCUGUGUCUGGUGAUCCUUUACAGAUGGAUAGAGGCAAUGAUGUUGAAAAUCGAGGUGGAAACUACAUAACAAAUGAAUUCAAUGGACUGGCUGUUAAGAGAAGAGAAAGCACAAAUGAGGAAUCGUUAAUGCUACAAGGCAAUGAUUCUCGGAUCAGUUCUCGAAAUGGUAUAUCAGAUUUUACCACAGAAUCUAAUAUGAUCAAAUAUCAAAAAGAAGGAGACUGGUUUAUGAACAAUCAACUGGAUAAAUCAGCAAACCAGGAUGAGAUCAUAGGCAUCAAAAUGUUUGACGGGGAAAAUGCUUCUUCGUUAGCUGCAGAACGUUUUGUCACUGAGGUAAACAAUAAUGAUGUUUUUGUAGAUGACUCUUUGAUGAUUCAAGGUCCACCAAUGGGAGAAGAUCAACUUGAUUCUCAGUUAAGGAUUGGUGUUGACAUGGUUCCAGAAAUCGAAACUACUCGAUACGAAAAUGGCAAAGCAGAAACCUUACAAAAGGCUGCUUCUGUUCCAUAUGAACCAGAUGACCUUUACAUGAUGCUUGGACGUGAUUCAGCUGACAUCGAUGCCAUCACUUCUCGAACUCCGGAAAUCGACUACGAAAUGAAUGUAUUAUCUGUUGAAGCAAAUGGUAGACACUCGGAUAUCACAACAACCGGUGCUGAUGACAAAGAUACUAAAGGUAAAACAGAUGGAAGUUCAAAAGGGAAACUUCCGAAUAAAGAAUCGCUAUCUAGAGUUCCGAACCGAUCACUUGUCAAGAACAAAUCAGACAUGGCAUCAAAGAUCAGGAAACCACCAGCUGGAAGCAGAACCGCGGUCCGGAAAUCUAGAUUUGAUCAGGAAGAGGAGAUUCGAAAGAGAAUUGAGGAGUUACGGAUUCAGCGCCAGAAGAGGAUCGCGGAGAGAAGUGCAGCUAAUGGUUCUAAACCAGUUACUUCCGGGAGAAACUCCGUGGAAAAUAAUGCCUCCUCAACUCCUAUGAAGAAUCAACCCAAGAUUCAGGACAUUAAGAAAGUACCAAAGCCAGUUCUAAGACUUUCCACUAUCGAACGCCUUGCAACUACUCGGAACACUUCUAAGGUCUCAUCACCUGAAUCAAGACUAAACCAGCCAAAAAAAUUGACAUUGACAACCGGAUCUCAGAAGGCUAAAUCAUGCACAAACAAAUCAAAAGCUUCAGAUAAGAAAAUUGGCGCAAAUAAGGUUCGUUCCAAUGACUCUGAUGAACAUGGAAAGGACUCAAAAGAGGUAACAAUCACACCCGAAGCAACUCAACAAACUGCUAUUGUUGGUGAUUCCAAAGACAUCCAGGAGUUGCAGAGUACUACUUCGAUCGUAACACCG